AUGACAAUGGAUUUUGACGAUUCACUGACUUUAGAAGAACAAUAUUACCAAGACGGUUAUCGUGAAGGGCAAAAUGAGAAUUUGAAGCAAAACUUCUUGGAGGGCAAACAAUUUGGCCUACAAGUAGGAUUCCAGAGAUUCAUCAUCCUAGGACAAAUGAAAGGAUUGUGUGAUGUUUUAGAUUCGUAUAAUUUUCAAAAUCCUUUGUUCGAAAACAAUAUCCAUACUGUUCGCACAUUAAUAAACGGUUUAGAAAUGAAUAAUGAUGAUGAAAAUGUGAUAGGGUUCGAAAAGGUGUUAGUAAAACUCAAAAAUAAGUUCAGGACAAUUCUUAUAGCUCUUCAACGAUUAAUUAAGGAUGAAAAGAAAAAACCUCUAACAUUUGAAAUGUUUGAAGACGUCUCAAGGGCCAUUGCUGGAGAUAUUAAAGGUUUUGUAGAAGAUGACGAAAGUGCCAAAACGAAAAGUACACAAGACCAAGCCCAAUCAUGGUAA